UGAUUUGGUCGACUCAUCAACCUCGACUCAAACUCGAGCUCAAAUCACUGGUAUCUAUACUUCGACCUGUACCAUCAUAGUAGAUACCAUGUCCUAUCCACCAUAUCCUGGUGGUGGUGCACCCUACCCACCAACAGGAGGCUAUCCUCAAUCCUCUGGACCUUGGGUAGGAGGAGGUAUGCCAAUGCCUGGUAGUAGCAAUCCUCCUGGAUAUCCUCCUCAAUCAGGUCCUCCUAUGCCAGGCUAUCCACCUCCUCCAGACCCUUUUUCAUCACCAGCUGGUUACCCACCUGGAGGUCCUACUCCAUCUUAUCCACCUCCCCCUUCAUCCAGCUACCCACCCGAUCCAUCUUAUCCCCCAGGACCACCAUCAACAACGAGUUAUCCUCCAGGCCCACCAUCAAAUUUUCCCUCGGGCCCAACUUAUCCCCCAGGUCCAACACCAAACUAUCCUCCAGGCCCACCAUCAAAUUAUCCCCCAGGCCCAUCAUCAAAUUAUCCCCCGGGCCCACCGUCAAAUUAUCCCCCUGGCCCAAUGCCUAAUUAUCCUUCAGGCCCUUCAUCAAAUUAUCCCCCUGGCCCUCCUCAACCUGGCUCUUAUCCAACAGGUCCAUCAGGAGGUGGUUAUCCGACCAGUGCUCCCCCUGGAUCAUAUCCACAAGCCACUCCAGUCCCUAGUGAUGAUACAAGGAGGGUAUCAGUUGAACAGACACAGAGACAAAUGGCAGCAAUGUCUGUCAGUAAGCCAGUACCUGCUACUCAUGGUACAGUGAAGCCCAGUCAGAGUUUCAAUGCUGAAAAUGAUGCUACUACACUGUACAAUGCUAUGAAGGGACUAGGUACUGAUGAAAAAGCAAUCAUACUAGUAUUGACAAGACGCUCUAAUGAGCAAAGACAAGAAAUCAAAGUCAAAUUUAAAGUGAAAUAUGGAAAGGAUUUAAUCAAAGAGUUGAAGAGUGAGUUGAGUGGACACUUCAGAGAGGUCAUUAUUGGAUUAAUGAUGAGACCUACUGAGUUUGAUGCAUACUGUCUUAACAAAGCAAUGGAGGGUGCUGGGACUGAUGAGACAGCUCUGAUUGAAAUACUCUGCUCAAGAACUAACGUUGAGAAAGAAGACAUAAAGACCUUCUACAAGAAAGAAUAUAAACAAGAUUUAGAGAAGCACAUUCACAGUGAAACUUCUGGUCACUUUAGGCGACUGUUGAUAUCACUCACUGCUGCUGCUCGUGAUCCUGACAGUAUUGUGGAUAAAAGCAGAGCUAGGCAAGAUGCUCAGGCUCUUUAUAAAGCUGGCGAGGGAAAGUGGGGAACAGAUGAAUCAACGUUUAAUCAGAUUCUGUGUGCUAGAAGUUACGCUCAUCUUCGUCUUGUCUUUGAAGAAUACUCAAAAAUAUGCAAGUAUGACAUAGAGCAGUCCAUUUCCAGGGAGAUGUCUGGUGAUCUUAAAACAGGGAUGACAACAAUUGUGAAGUGUGUUAGAAAUCUUCCUGCAUAUUUUUCCGAGCGACUUUACAAGUCAAUGAAAGGGUUGGGUACUGAUGAUAGAACUCUUGUUCGUGUGAUGGUCUCUCGCUGUGAGGUGGACAUGGUUGAGAUCAAAUCAACCUUUGAGAGGAAUUACGGGAAGACACUGGAAUCAUUCAUAAAAGGAGACACCAGUGGAGAUUACAAGAGAGUUUUGUUAGCUUUGGCUGGAGAGUACUAACUAUAGGAAACAGUUUUGUCAAAUUAUUAUAUCAGUUAAUUUUAUUUUUGUGUAGUUUGAUUUUUAUAUAAUACUUUUAGUGCUCUGUA